AGAGAAGCAGGAAAAAAGGCUGGGUAGAGAGAGAGAGAGAGCGAAAAAUGAAGAAAUGAAGGAAUGAAUGGAAGGAGGGGUUGCGAUGCUGAGGCAGGUCAUAGGACAGAUUCAAGAGCUCUGGGAUCUCUACGGCUCUCUCCCUCUUUCCCAUCCUUACUCCCUCCAAUCCCAUCCAUGGUGUUUCCUUGAUCUUGAUAAGGAUUCUGUGGAUGAUGGUUGCUACAACCUUAUACUGAGUAGAGGAAAAUCCGGAAGCUUAAAGAUGGUGGAAGCUAUCAAAUCUCCGCCCGCCAAAAAAUCUCGAAGGGAGAGGAACCGCGAGAGAAUGCUCUCUGCUACUUGCUCUAAUAUGGAUGAGAGGAUCUGGAAAGAAUUCCCUGAGGACCUCUUUGAAGCAGUCGUAGCAAGGCUCCCUGUUGCGACGGUCCUCCGCUUCCGGUCCGUCUGCAGGAAAUGGAAUUCCUUACUGGCCUCUCACAGCUUCUCUCAGCGCUGUGCUGAAGUUCCACAGGCCUAUCCUUGGUUCUACACUAUUACCCAUGAAAAUGUCAACAGUGGGGCCAUGUAUGACCCUUCAUCAGAGAAAUGGCACCACCCCACCAUCCCAUCUCUAUCUCUAGCCAUGAAGAUGAUCAUCCUCCCUGUUGCUUCAGCUGGUGGGCUUGUCUGCUUUUUAGACAUCGGGCAUCGGAACUUUUAUGUCUGCAACCCUCUAACUCAAUCGUUCCGAGAACUGCCCGCCAGGUCAGUCCGCGUCUGGUCUCGUGUGGCCGUGGGGAUGACUCUGAAUGGAAAUUCGACAAGUGGUGGCUACAAGAUCCUGUGGCUAGGAUGCAAUGGGGAUCACGAGGUUUAUGAUUCGCUUAGCAACAGUUGGACUCGUCCUGGAAGCAUGCCUUCAAGCAUCAAGCUGCCGCUCGUUCUGAAUUUCCGGUCUCAGGCUGUGUCUGUCGAUGGCAAGCUCUACUUCAUGCGGGCCAACCCAGACGGCGUCGUGUCCUACGACAUGAGCAGCGGUGUCUGGAAGCAGUAUGCGAUCCCACCGCCGCCGCACUUGACAGACCACACGCUGGCAGAGUCAGGGGGGCGGAUCAUGCUCGUGGGGCUGCUGACGAAGAAUGCGGCCACAUGUGUGUGCAUAUGGGAGCUGCAGAAGAUGACUCUGUUGUGGAAGGAGGUUGACAGAAUGCCAAAUAUAUGGUGCUUGGAGUUUUACGGAAAGCACGUGAGAAUGACAUGCCUGGGCAACAAGGGGCUGCUCAUGCUGUCAUUGAGGUCGAGGCAGAUGAACCGCCUGGUGACCUACAAUGUAUCGAGUGGGGACUGGCAGAGAGUGCCAGGCUGCAUGCUCCCGCGAGGGAGGAAGCGGCAGUGGAUUGCAUGCGGUACAGCAUUCCACCCGUCCUUGACUGCUCUGGCCUGAUUCUUUCCCUGGAUUCUGGGUGAGAAAAAAAAGGUAUGGGUUUUUUCUGGCUUUAGUUAUAUCUCAGUUAUCUGCAAUCCAGAAAUUUUGUGUCGUGUCGUAUCGUAUCUGAUUAUAUGAUGUACGAUGGUGAUGAUGAUGGCGGUCAGAAUGGGAACUAUCGCUGCUUUCUUCGUCACUGUAUAGACAUGAAAGAUGGUAUAGUUGUGGGUCAGGUUGCAUUAGACAAGCUUAGUGUUAAUUUAUCUUUUGUUUCUUCUAAAGACAAGACUAUUUCCCUUG